CAACAUGGCAGUCUGCAGUCAGCAAUUUUUCUGGAAACUACGUACCUUAGUUACGUGAGUUUUAAAGAAAGAAUGUUUUUAACACUUCAGUUCUUGUCCCUUUCGUGUCAUCUACAUCGUCUUCGUUCGUCGCCAAGAGCACUAAACGUAAACUACCUUAAAAUCACCCCAUUAUAAUGUAUUUGGUCUGUGAUCAGCUGGGGAAGUUUUUCCUACUCGUUGGAAUGUUGUCCUUAAAAACAAGCAUGGGUAAUCCUGGAAAGGGAAAUUUUGCUGCUGUUACUAAAGAUGAUCUGACUCGUUGGAAUCAAAUGACUUGCCAGUCUGUAAGUCAUCUUUUCAAGAUGAAGGAGCGUGUAGUCAACAAGUUGUCGAAUUUACUAAGUUCAAAUUCGAAAAACAAGCCGGCGAAACUUACGAGCGAUCAGAUACAGACGAUUACUACUUUCAGGAAUGAGCUAAACGUGACUGAGCGUGCGGUUUUUGAUUCUCUCAACGGUUUAAGAAGGCUGCUUCAAGAGGACUAUAAAUCGGUCGUGCACAUGAAAGAAGCUAUAAAGCAACGUCUGGAUGCCUUAAAAGUUCUUGCACUGCAGCAGGAGGAUCAAUUUAAUGCCAUUUCUGAAGCAGAAAAGGCCUAUAUAACUGCAAGUAAACAUGCAGGUGUUCAGAGCAAUAGAACACGCAUAGAGAAAAUUAUUGGAGGUAUCUUAGAUGAUGUUUCAUUCGCUGCUGAUAAACUUGAAGAUGAAUUAGAUGAAAAGACAUUUGAGAAAACACGAAAUGCCAAGGGGGCAUCCAUUGAAGCUGUUGUGAGAUUGAAAAAUGAGGAGGAGCCUGAUGAUGAUUCUAAUCCUAACAAGACCUCGUUGACUGAGCCGGGUGAAGAAAAUGAUAUGAGUAUUCUUGUUGAUUCUCAAAAUAAUCAGUUUGUUUUGUCAAAAGCAAAGGAUGCGACUGUUCCACACGAAGAUCUUCAUUUUAUCAAGGACAUCAUUUUUAUUUUGCUCUUGUCCUUUGUGGGUUCUUGUGUUUGCUCACUUAUUCAUCUUCCAACAAUGUUUGCAUUUGUAAUCAGCGGUAUGCUUUUGGGACCCUCUGGAGCAAACAUGAUUAAGGUAUGUGAGUUACUGUUAUUCCGAGCUUGAAAUAAUUUCCCAGCUGGCACUGGUCAAUUUGUCCGGUCAAACCUAUAUUUGCUUAGAUAUUGUCAACCCUUUUUUGGCCGCACAAUCAUCUAUUACAAUCUGAGUCCAGUCAUCUGAGUCCAGUCAACCCUUUUAGCACAAUCAUUUCAUAAAUUUAUAAAACAUUAUGUGAAGUUUUUUGUGUGGUCAUUUUUUUCUUUUCCCUUUUUUUCCUUCACGAAUGGCAAUAAUGUCCAAUCUUAUACCAAAAAUAAGAACUUAAUUUGCCAUUAAAAGUGUAUAAAACGACCAGAAAAAGUGUCUGGCCAUCCAAGGAUUUGACCGGACAUUUAAUAUUGGCAGGCCAUUACUUCAACCCUGUUAUUUGUUUCCUAGAGGAAUAGCAGUGGUGGCCACACCAGCCAAAAUUAGCAGCACUCAACAAAUUGUUUUUCUUUGUUCCACUGGUGAAAGGUCACCAAGAAAACACUGAUCUACAUUUUACACUCUUUCAAAGUCUUCAAAACUUUGCGGUCAAACCAUCCCCUGCAGCUUGUGGUUUUACUUUUGUUUUGAACAUUUUGACAUCGUUUCUGUGGUGUGGAAAGUGAAAUCUCUGGAGAAUCAAAGAUAAGUUCUACAUGGAAAAUCCCUCUUUGGCAAAGAUCUAACUUUCUGCCUUUUUAUUCUUGUACAAGUAAAUGAAGGGUGUCUGGAAUAAAGCCAUAGGUACAGCUGUAAUUUUUGAUAAAUUGCUGAAUUCUCCUUCCAUUUUUGUGAAUAUGCGUGUGAAUUGGAGUGGGGAAUUUCGUAUCAAGUCAGGAGUUAUUUAGGGCCUCAUUCCACACAUGCCUAAUGAUGUUACUUUCAUAACUGUUAUUAUUUCCUUCUCAGUCAGUAGUUCAGGUGGAGACUCUUGGUGAGUUUGGAGUCUUCUUUAUUCUUUUUGCUGUUGGCUUAGAGUUCUCACCAGACAGAAUCAAAAAGGUAAUGUGUGUAAUACCUCAUUUAGUUUAGCCAAGUUUGCAUGCACACUUGCAUAAAGAGAGAGAAGCACUACUUUGAGAAAAACUUUGAGGUAUUUACCUCUUCUAGCAUCAACUGAAUUAGCUGAAAAAAUGGUAAAAUCAAGUUGCCAUGCCAAAAGCAUUAUUUUUCUUGAUUACCAUACAUUGUAGCUCGCCACAAAAAAAAAAAAAAAAACAGGCCAUGAAAAAACAUGUUUGUUUUGUUGAAUUCAGGUUGAACUUUGUCUCCUAGGGCUAGCAGACAAAGAAAAUUGAGAGUCAAUGUAAGUCAAGUCAAAAGUAACCAAAAAUCAAAUUUGACUCACCACACCGUGCUAAGCAAUCUAUGCGUGAUCCAUGGGAGAUGCAAAUUUCCACAAAUUUAUGAACCUCACUGCAUAAGAAAUUAAAUUGCGGCUGUUUGAUUUCAAUGAUCAAGCUCAACAAUUGUUCACUAAAAUAUAAGAUGGAGCACAGUACUUAUAGCCAAUGUAAGUCUUGGCAAAGUGUAGUUGGUGCUUCUGAUCAGUUGAAAAUUUGCUUCAUCCAAUCAAAAGCACUACCUAGAUCUGGGUAGUGGCAUGUCAUCACUAUGAAAUUUCUGCACUUGCUCCUCAGACAGCAUUUGACGGGGAAACCAAUAGAGGUGUCAAGAAAUGUCAGCUGUUUUCACACGCUAUGUUCACAGCAACAUACAACUAUUUCAGAAACCUAUUGCCCAAUUAUGACUUUUUUUGUUACUUUCCUUUAAACAUUGAGGAACCAAUUUCUUUCCUAAGGAAACUGCCCAUGAAUCUGCCACAUGGAAUUGUAUUGACCUGGUUGUUUAGAAACUGUGGUUUUUCUUUGCUUUCUUUUUUAAAGGUGUGGAAAGUUGCAGUUGGUGGAAGUUCCUUGAUCAUGGCAUUGAUGAUUGUAUUCGGUAUUCUCUGGGGCUUGUGUUUUGGAAUCCUGCCAAGACAGAGUGCUUUCGUCGCAGCCUGUCUCUCUCUUUCCAGUACACCUCUUGUUGCAAAGUUUGUAGAAAGCAAGGAUGAUGAUCAUUAUGCUAAAGGUAACAGCAAAACCAUUCUUUUUGUUUCUUAACUAUAUGCAUAUGCGCAGUACAAUAUAUAGAGGAUAUUACAUGGUGGCGAGAAGAUAUGAAUUUUAUGUUCGAGUGGCAAGAACAAUAUCUCACGAGUGAGCGAAGCGAACGAGUGAGAUAUUGUUUUUGCCACGAGAACAUAAAAUUCAUAUGUUCGAGCCAACGUGUAAUGUUCUUUUUAUUAUAUGGAGAAACCAUUUCAACAAAAGCAAAAGGCGGGAAUCGAGAUGUCAUUGAACGAUACGACACUCACAAAGGUGACAUAUGGAAAAUACGCCACUCGGGUCCCGGAUGAAGUGGCGUAUGGAAUCUACGAGUGGUUUAGUUCCCAGUAAAACACUCUCCUCCAUAUAAUAAAAUAAAUUAUUUGUUGGUAGUGCUUCCUCGGAUAGUAAGGAAUUUUGUUGAUCAGGUUGAUUGUUCAGGGUUGUCAUUAAGAGCUGGGGGCCGGGGAUUUUCCCUGGCUACUAAGAGAGUGGCCUCCUUCUACUUUUAUUGGAAAAUAGAAGAAAAAUAGAGCCAAAAGAAAUCCCUAGCCAUUUGAUUCCCCGCCUACUUGUUGUGUUUACCCGGCAACUUGAAAUCUUAGUGACAACCCAGUUGUUAGUCAGUAGACCAACUAGCUAAAAGGUGAUUUCCAUUGAUUCAACAACAACAACUUUUUUUAUUCAAUAGGUUAAAACCUUGCACACAAAAGUGCUUUCACCUUUGUAGUUGCCAUGACUAUGAAAGGAAAUUUUUUUGUGCAAAAUCACACUAUUAUGCCGAGAAUCGGAUACUCAACAAAGAUUUUGCUAUGGGGAGGCUCCAACCCAAGGUCCAACCCAUUUACCUCUUUCACAUAAUUAGUUUAGAAGACUGCAUCCCUUUUAACUGUUGUAACUGCAUGGUUUGUGUAAUAUGAAUAAAUCACUAAACUUGAUUCACCUGUACAAAAUGUAAGUUUUACCCUUUUUGGUCCUUUUUAAUUUAGACUGAAAUGACACAUGUCCCUCGCCUUUCAUAUACUUCAACUGGUGAAAUUCUUAUGUCCUGAAAUUGAGGGUUGUCCAAUACUCACAAAUAGACUCUAUUGGUGUUAGUGGUGAUAAGAAGGGUCUCCAUUGGUACCAAUGGAACGAUUGGUAGCAAUAGAAAAUGAUGUCAUUCCAAUGGUUCUAUUGGUGAAUAUGCAUCUCAUUAAGCAGACUUAGAUUAUUUUCCCAUGUGACCAGGUUGGGUAGAGGGCAAUUCCAAUGGUCCAUUGGUACCAAUGGUACGAUUGGUACCAAUGGAAAAGCACCCUAUUCCAAUGGUUCUAUUGGUGAAUAUGCAUCUCAUUAAGGAGACUUAGAUUAUUUUCAGAUGUGGUCCGGCUGGGUACAGGGCAAUUCCAAUGGUCCAUUGGUACCAAUGGUACGAUUGGUACCAAUGGAAAAGCACCCUAUUCCAAUGGUUCUAUUGGUAAAUAUGCUUCUCAUUAAGGGGACUUAGAUUAUUUUCUGAUGUGGUCUAGCUGGGUACAGGGCAAUUCCAAUGGUCCAUUGGUACCAAUGGUACGAUUGGUACCAAUAGAAAAGCACCCUAUUCCAAUGGUUCUAUUGGUGAAUAUGCAUCUCAUUAAGAGAGUUAGAUUAUUUUCUCAUGUGGUCUAGCUGGGUACAGGGCAGUUCCAAUGGUCCAUUGGUACCAAUGGAAAAGCACCCUAUUCCAAUGGUUCUAUUGGUGAAUAUGCAUCUCAUUAAGGAGACUUAGAUUAUUUUCAGAUGUGGUCUGGCUGGGUACAGGGCAAUUCCAAUGGUCCAUUGGUACCAAUGGUACGAAUGGUACCAAUGGAAAAGCACCCUAUUCCAAUGGUUCUAUUGGUAAAUAUGCUUCUCAUUAAGGGGACUUAGAUUAUUUUCUGAUGUGGUCUAGCUGGGUACAGGGCAAUUCCAAUGGUCCAUUGGUACCAAUGGUACGAUUGGUACCAAUAGAAAAGCAUCCUAUUCCAAUGGUUCUAUUUGUGAAUAUGCAUCUCAUUAAGAGAGUUAGAUUAUUUUCUCAUGUGGUAUGGCUGGGUAAAGGGCAAUUCCAAUGGUCCAUUGGUACCAAUGGUACGAUUGGUACCAAUAGAAAAGCAUCCUAUUCCAAUGGUUCUAUUGGUGAAUAUGCAUCUCAUUAAGCAGACUUAGAUUAUUUUCCCAUGUGACCUGGUUGGGUACAGGGCAAUUCCAAUGGUCCAUUGGUACCAAUGGUACGAUUGGUACCAAUGGAAAAGCACCCUAUUCCAAUGGUUCUAUUGGUAAAUAUGCGUCUCAUUAAGGAGACUUAGAUUAUUUGCUCAUGUGGUCUGGCUGGGUACAGGGCAAUUCCAAUGGUCCAUUGGUACCAAUGGUACGAUUGGUACCAAUGAAAAAGCACCCUAUUCCAAUGGUUCUAUUGGUGAAUAUGCAUCUCAUUAAGGGGACUUAGAUUAUUUUCUCAUGUACUCUCGCUGGGUACAGGGCAAUUCCAAGGGUCCAUUGGUACCAAUGGUACGAUUGGUACCGAUGGAAAAGCACCCUAUUCCAAUGGUUCUAUUGGUGAAUAUGCAUCUCAUUAAGAGAGUUAGAUUAUUUUCUCAAGUGGUCUAGCUGGGUACAGGGCAAUUCCAAUGGUCCAUUGGUACCAAUGGUACGAUUGGUACCAAUGGAAAAGCACCCUAUUCCAAUGGUUCUAUUGGUAAAUAUGCGUCUCAUUAAGGAGACUUAGAUUAUUUUCUCAUGUGGUCUAGCUGGGUACAGGGCAAUUCCAAUGGUCCAUUUGUACCAAUGGUACGAUUGGUACUAAUGAAAAAGCACCCUAUUCCAAUGGUUCUAUUGGUGAAUAUGCUUCUCAUUAAGGGGACUUAGAUUAUUUUCUGAUGUGGUCUAGCUGGGUACAGGGCAAUUCCAAUGGUCCAUUGGUACCAAUGGUACGAUUGGUAGCAAUAGAAAAGCACCCUAUUCCAAUGGUUCUAUUGGUGAAUAUGCAUCUCAUUAAGAGAGUUAGAUUAUUUUCUCAUGUGGUCUAGCUGGGUACAGGGCAAUUCCAAUGGUCCAUUGGUACCAAUGGAAAAGCACCCUAUUCCAAUGGUUCUAUUGGUGAAUAUGCAUCUCAUUAAGGAGACUUAGAUUAUUUUCAGAUGUGGUCUGGCCGGGUACAGGGCAAUUCCAAUGGUCAAUUGGUACCAAUGGUACGAAUGGUACCAAUGGAAAAGCACCCUAUUCCAAUGGUUCUAUUGGUGAAUAUGCUUCUCAUUAAAGGGACUUAGAUUAUUUUCUGAUGUGGUCUAGCUGGGUACAGGGGAAUUCCAAUGGUCCAUUGGUACCAAUGGUACGAUUGGUACGAAUAGAAAAGCACCCUAUUCCAAUGGUUCUAUUUGUGAAUAUGCAUCUCAUUAAGAGAGUUAGAUUAUUUUCUCAUGUGACCUGGUUGGGUACAGGGCAAUUCCAAUGGUCCAUUGGUACCAAUGGUACGAUUGGUACCAAUGGAAAAGCACCCUAUUCCAAUGGUUCUAUUGGUAAAAUAUCGCCUCAUUAAGGAGACUUAGAUUAUUUUUCUCAUGUGGUCUAGCUGGGUACAGGGCAAUUCCAAUGGUCCAUUGGUACCAAUAAUAAUAAUGGUACCAAUAGAAAAGCACCCUAUUCCAAUGGUUCUAUUGGUGAAUAUGCAUCUCAUUAAGGGGACUUAGAUUAUUUGCUCAUGUGGUCUGGCUGGGUACAGGGCAAUUCAAUGGUCCAUUGGUACCAAUGGUACGAUUGGUACCAAUGAAAAAGCACCCUAUUCCAAUGGUUCUAUUGGUGAAUAUGCAUCUCAUUAAGGGGACUUAGAUUAUUUUCUCAUGUACUCGCUGGGUACAGGGCAAUUCCAAGGGUCCAUUGGUACCAAUGGUACGAUUGGUACCGAUGGAAAAGCACCCUAUUCCAAUGGUUCUAUUGGUGAAUAUGCAUCUCAUUAAGAGAGUUAGAUUAUUUUCUGAAGUGGUCUAGCUGGGUACAGGUUAAUUCCAAUGGUCCAUUGGUACCAAUGGUACGAUUGGUACCAAUGGAAAAGCACCCUAUUCCAAUGGUUCUAUUGGUAAAUAUGCGUCUCAUUAAGGAGACUUAGAUUAUUUUCUCAUGUGGUCUAGCUGGGUACAGGGCAAUUCCAAUGGUCCAUUUGUACCAAUGGUACGAUUGGUACUAAUGAAAAAGCACCCUAUUCCAAUGGUUCUAUUGGUGAAUAUGCUUCUCAUUAAGGGGACUUAGAUUAUUUUCUGAUGUGGUCUAGCUGGGUACAGGGCAAUUCCAAUGGUCCAUUGGUACCAAUGGUACGAUUGGUAGCAAUAGAAAAGCACCCUAUUCCAAUGGUUCUAUUGGUGAAUAUGCAUCUCAUUAAGAGAGUUAGAUUAUUUUCUCAUGUGGUCUAGCUGGGUACAGGGCAAUUCCAAUGGUCCAUUGGUACCAAUGGAAAAGCACCCUAUUCCAAUGGUUCUAUUGGUGAAUAUGCAUCUCAUUAAGGAGACUUAGAUUAUUUUCAGAUGUGGUCUGGCUGGUACAGGGCAAUUCAAUGGUCCAUUGGUACCAAUGGUACGAAUGGUACCAAUGGAAAAGCACCCUAUUCCAAUGGUUCUAUUGGUGAAUAUGCUUCUCAUUAAAGGGACUUAGAUUAUUUUCUGAUGUGGUCUAGCUGGGUACAGGGGAAUUCCAAUGGUCCAUUGGUACCAAUGGUACGAUUGGUAUAAUAGAAAAGCACCCUAUUCCAAUGGUUCUAUUGGUGAAUAUGCAUCUCAUUAAGAGAGUUAGAUUAUUUUCUCAUGUGACCUGGUUGGGUACAGGGCAAUUCCAAUGGUCCAUUGGUACCAAUGGUACGAUUGGUACCAAUGGAAAAGCACCCUAUUCCAAUGGUUCUAUUGGUAAAUAUGCGUCUCAUUAAGGAGACUUAGAUUAUUUUCUCAUGUGGUCUAGCUGGGUACAGGGCAAUUCCAAUGGUCCAUUGGUACCAAUGGUACGAAUGGUACCAAUAGAAAAGCACCCUAUUCCAAUGGUUCUAUUGGUGAAUAUGCAUCUCAUUAAGGGGACUUAGAUUAUUUGCUCAUGUGGUCUGGCUGGGUACAGGGCAAUUCCAAUGGUCCAUUGGUACCAAUGGUACGAUUGGUACCAAUGAAAAAGCACCCUAUUCCAAUGGUUCUAUUGGUGAAUAUGCAUCUCAUUAAGGGGACUUAGAUUAUUUUCUCAUGUACUCUCGCUGGGUACAGGGCAAUUCCAAUGGUCCAUUUGUACCAAUGGUACGAUUGGUACUAAUGAAAAAGCACCCUAUUCCAAUGGUUCUAUUGGUGAAUAUGCUUCUCAUUAAGGGGACUUAGAUUAUUUUCUCAAGUGGUCUAGCUGGGUACAGGGCAAUUCCAAUGGUCCAUUGGUACCAAUGGUACGAUUGGUAGCAAUAGAAAAGCACCCUAUUCCAAUGGUUCUAUUGGUGAAUAUGCAUCUCAUUAAGAGAGUUAGAUUAUUUUCUCAUGUGGUCUAGCUGGGUACAGGGCAAUUCCAAUGGUCCAUUGGUACCAAUGGAAAAGCACCCUAUUCCAAUGGUUCUAUUGGUGAAUAUGCAUCUCAUUAAGGAGACUUAGAUUAUUUUCAGAUGUGGUCUGGCCGGGUACAGGGCAAUUCCAAUGGUCCAUUGGUACCAAUGGUACGAAUGGUACCAAUGGAAAAGCACCCUAUUCCAAUGGUUCUAUUGGUGAAUAUGCUUCUCAUUAAAGGGACUUAGAUUAUUUUCUGAUGUGGUCUAGCUGGGUACAGGGGAAUUCCAAUGGUCCAUUGGUACCAAUGGUACGAUUGGUACGAAUAGAAAAGCACCCUAUUCCAAUGGUUCUAUUUGUGAAUAUGCAUCUCAUUAAGAGAGUUAGAUUAUUUUCUCAUGUGACCUGGUUGGGUACAGGGCAAUUCCAAUGGUCCAUUGGUACCAAUGGUACGAUUGGUACCAAUGGAAAAGCACCCUAUUCCAAUGGUUCUAUUGGUAAAUAUGCGUCUCAUUAAGGAGACUUAGAUUAUUUUCUCAUGUGGUCUAGCUGGGUACAGGGCAAUUCCAAUGGUCCAUUGGUACCAAUGGUACGAAUGGUACCAAUAGAAAAGCACCCUAUUCCAAUGGUUCUAUUGGUGAAUAUGCAUCUCAUUAAGGGGACUUAGAUUAUUUGCUCAUGUGGUCUGGCUGGGUACAGGGCAAUUCCAAUGGUCCAUUGGUACCAAUGGUACGAUUGGUACCAAUGAAAAAGCACCCUAUUCCAAUGGUUCUAUUGGUGAAUAUGCAUCUCAUUAAGGGGACUUAGAUUAUUUUCUCAUGUACUCUCGCUGGGUACAGGGCAAUUCCAAGGGUCCAUUGGUACCAAUGGUACGAUUGGUACCGCUGGAAAAGCACCCUAUUCCAAUGGUUCUAUUGGUGAAUAUGCAUCUCAUUAAGAGAGUUAGAUUAUUUUCUGAAGUGGUCUAGCUGGGUACAGGUUAAUUCCAAUGGUCCAUUGGUACCAAUGGUACGAUUGGUACCAAUGGAAAAGCACCCUAUUCCAAUGGUUCUAUUGGUAAAUAUGCGUCUCAUUAAGGAGACUUAGAUUAUUUUCUCAUGUGGUCUAGCUGGGUACAGGGCAAUUCCAAUGGUCCAUUUGUACCAAUGGUACGAUUGGUACUAAUGAAAAAGCACCCUAUUCCAAUGGUUCUAUUGGUGAAUACGCUUCUCAUUAAGGGGACUUAGAUUAUUUUCUCAUGUGAUCUAGCUGGGUACAGGUCAAUUCCAAUGGUCCAUUGGUACCAAUGGUACUAUUGGUACCAAUAGAAAAGCACCCUAUUCCAAUGGUUCUAUUGGUGAAUAUGCAUCUCAUUAAGAGAGUUAGAUUAUUUUCUCAUGUGGUCUAGCUGGGUACAGGGCAAUUCCAAUGGUCCAUUGGUACCAAUGGUACGAAUGGUACCAAUGGAAAAGCACCCUAUUCCAAUGGUUCUAUUGGUGAAUAUGCUUCUCAUUAAGGGGACUUAGAUUAUUUUCUGAUGUGGUCUAGCUGGGUACAGGGCAAUUCCAAUGGUCCAUUGGUACCAAUGGUACGAUUGGUACCAAUGGUACGAUUGGUACCAAUAGAAAAGCACCCUAUUCCAAUGCUUCUAUUGGUGAAUAUGCAUCUCAUUAAGAGAGUUAGAUUAUUUUCUCAUGUGGUAUGGCUGGGUAAAGGGCAAUUCCAAUGGUCUAUUGGUACGAAUGGAACGAUUGGUACCAAUAGAAAAUGAUGUCAUUCCAGUGGUUCUAUUGGUGAAUAUGCAUCCAUUAAAAAAUAAAAAUCUCCGUCGAUUCAUAUGUUUAUGAGUGAUAAGGAGACAUUCAAACUUCUGCUGUUUUUCCACGGCAACGGAUGCAAUCCUGAAAUCAUCAGUAGAUGGAUUCUUCUAGCUCAGUCCUGGGCCUCAUCGCAAGCUACAGCCGAGAAAAGAGCACGGCAAAUACAAUUUGUCAAGGACAACGUUGACAUUAAAUACAUCAAUGGUUUUACUACGACCUUGAUUAUAGCAAACUGGUGUACCUCAAUGGGUUACCACGACAAACCCCACGUCAACAGUCAAAAGUGACUUCAGUCACUUGAAUAUAAAACGGCUCUCUUAGGAGCAACAGCAUGAUAUAACCACCCUUUUCGGAAACUCUUCAUUGAAAACUUGUUUUGGUUUAAACGCUUCCUUGUAGAUAAUGAAAUUGCGCUAAGGAAUUUCAGAAGUUAAUUUCACAGUGAGUUGAGUACAGUUGUUAAAACCUGUUGCCUCAAUACCACUUUGCUAGUUUCGCGCUUUUUUCCGCGUUGUUUCGGGUUCUUUUAACAAGUAAGAAUUACCGAAAAAUAGUGCUUGCGUGACAGGAAAGAAGACAUUCAUAUGUCAUGUUGUUGUUUGCUCGUGAAUCAUAAUAAACAGAACGAACACGACAGUGACGCGUUACCUUUCAAUUUUAAUGUUCGUACGAUGUUUCUUAUACUCGCAGCACCUUGAGAUAUUAUUAGCGCUAGAUAUAUAGGUCGCCUCGCUUUGUAACUAUUAGCUGCGUUUCUACUUUGUGUGAAAGCGAACUUGUUUUUGCGGUUAGCCUAUAGAACGAGGAAUAUUCAUAAGAAUUAUGGCGCGUUUUUAAUUGGUGUAACAGCGAACUUGUUUUGCGUGGUUGGCUUAUAGAACGAGGAAUAUUCAUAAUAAUUAUUAGCACGUUUUUACUUAGUGUAAAAGGCAACUUGUUUUGUGUGGUUGGCUUAUAGAACGAGGAAUAUUCAUAAUAAUUAUUAGUUCGUUUUUACUUGGCGUAAAAGCGAACUUGUUUUACAUGGUUGGCUUAUAGAACGAGGAAUAUUCAUAAUAAUUAUUAGCGUGCUUUUACUUGGUGUAAAAGCGAACUUGUUUUGUGUGGUUGGCUUAUAGAACGAGGAAUAUUCAUAAUAAUUAUUAGCAUGUUUUUACUUGGUGUAAAAGUGAACUUGUUUUGCAUGGUUGGCUUAUGGAACGAGGAAUAUUCAUAAGAAUCAUAGCGCGCUUUUACUUGGUGUGAAAGCGAACUUGUUUUGCGUGAUCGGGAUAUAGAACGAGGAAUAUUCAUAAGAAUUAUAGCGCGCUUUUACUUGAUGUAAAAGCGAACUUGUUUUGCGUGGUUUUCUUAUAGAACGAGGAACGUUCAUAAUAAUUAUUAGCGCGUUUUCACUUGGUGUAAAAGUGAACUUGUUUUGCACCAAUAGAACCAUUGGAAUGGCAUCAUUUUUCAUUGGUACCAAUCGCACCAUUGGUACCAAUGGACCAUCGGAAUUGCCCUUUACCAAGCCAGGUCACAUGGGAAAAUAAUCUAAGUCCCCUUAAUGAGAUGCAUAUUCACCAAUAGAACCAUUGGAAUAGGGUGCUUUUCCAUUGGUACCAAUUGUACCAUUGGUACCAAUGGACCAUUGGAAUUGCCCUGUACCCAACCAGGUCACAUGGGAAAAUAAUCUAAGUCCCCUUAAUUAGAUGCAUAUGCACCAACAGAACCAUUGGAAUAGGGUGCUUUUCUAUUGGUACCAAUCGUACCAUUGGCACCAAUGGACCAUCAGUUUGACGAAUCGUAUCCGUUUGUGUUUAUUGGACAUGAUUGCUGAAAUUCGCUUCUGUGACUUCCACUACCCCUUAUGAGCGGAGCCUUCCUGUAUAUGCCAAAAAGGUAGUACCCCACGUCCCCUCCACUUGGACUGUUAUGAAAGACUGCAAUCUUAUUCUAUGAGCCCUUUAAGUAAGUGCAGCUUUUGUUUGUUACCAGAGCAUACCAAUGGCAAUGGAGAUUACACCAGUUCCCUGUUGGGAAUCCUUGUCAUGCAGGAUGUCCAUUUAGGUUUGUUAGUUGCUCUUCUGCCUGCUAUUGCUGGUCGAAAAGGCGUGGCCCCAUCCAAGGGCAACACUGGAGUGGUACAUAAUAUUCUAAAUGGACUUGAAAACGAAAGUGAUUCAGGUAACUUGGGUUUUUUAAUAGUGAUUGCAAAACUGUUUCUCCCUAUUACAGGGCUCGAAAAAAGUCCAGUUGGGUUGUUGGGGACAAGUAGAUUUCAUUGCAUGGCAAGUAACUAUUAAACCUCACUAGCCCAGUGGUCAAGGAUGCAAGCAAGUCAGCCUCUGACAAAAUAAUUAACUAUGACAAGCAAGAAGUGGCCUCUGGCAAGCAAAAUUGUGAGGGCUGCUUGCUCAAAGGACUUGCUUGAAUUCAAGUUUUUUUAAGCCCUGCUAUAAUUUAUUCUUCAAACACCAAUAAUUUAGAAAGAUCUUCGGAAAUUAUCUUGUGUCUCAUUGCUUGCUCUUUAUUUAUUAGCUGAGUUUAUUUGUACCCUGAGGAUGCUGUUUGAGGUCGCACUUUCCUUUGCUGGGCUGUUGGCAGUGUGCUUUCUGUUUUCAAAGCUAACUAGACCACUGUUCAGGUACAUGAACAUACCUUCCAGUAUACAAGUUCCACUGUUUGGAUCAGAUCUCAUUUAGAAUUGCACAGUGUAACAACCAGCAUAAUCCAUAUUUGCGCCUAAAUUAAACCUUCCAGAGUUAAGCCACUUAAGAACAAAUGGUGUCUUUGAGCAACAUUACCUUACAGAUUAGCCUGCCCCUACAGAAGAUACAAUGUGAAGUGCUCAGAGUAUUGAAAUCAUUUUUAAUCUCAUGACCAAUUCACACCCUACGGCUCUGAAGCCUCUCUUGUGCAACUUCAACUUUUGCAUCACUUUCCAUGUCAUUGCUGAAAAAUCAUGUUGAUGGGAAAUUUGUGCAGGACAAAGAAAACUUUGCAAAUCAUGCUCAGAUGUGAGUAGUAACAUUGAAUGGGCCAGGCUCAAAAUACAUGCAAAACAAUAACAAGAAAAUUUGGCUGGUUGCUAUCAACUUGUAUUGCCUUGUUUUUCUCCAACAUUUCCAAUGGAAUUCAUAGAUCUCAAAAUACAGAAAACAGUCAUAACAUGAAAACCCUCUCUAGGAUUUUUUUGUUUUGAUUGUUCUAUCUUGUUAAGUAAACAAAAACGAGUUAAAUGAGUAGGAGUAUUUUUUUGUUUUUCUUCAGAUUGCUUCAAGGUUCAGUCAGUAAAGAGUUGCUGACAUUAGCAACAAUAUCAACAGCAUUUUCUUUAUUAAUGGUAAGUUUGAAAAGUGAACUGAUGUUGGGCAAUAUAACAUAUAAUCCUACAUGUAACUAAAACAACAAUGAUAACUGUGACAAAAGACAAAUCAAAACACACCAAUCCAGGGUUGUCACUAAGAUUUCAAGUUGCCGGGUAAAUACAACAAGUAAGCAGGGAAUUAAGCAGCUAGGAGUUUCUUUUGGUUAUAUUUUUCUUCAGUUUUCCUACAAAAGUAGCCAGGGGUUAUAUGCAUGGAAGCCGGAGGGAAUCCCUGGCCCCCAGCCCGUAACGACAGCCCUGCCAAUCACAUUUAGAGGUCUUAAUGACCCAUAAUAUCAUGGCUUAACUGAAAGAUGACCAAAAACAUCCUGACUUUCUGUAAUCAACCAAUCAGGUGAAUAACCAGAGUUUACCAUCAACUGACAUGUUACAACUUACUUUAACUUUGAAGAUGACUACUAUGUAGGUUGUUGAAAUGUCAGUCACUGUCAACAAAAGCCCUAUUCAGGAGUAUACUCCCCGGAAUGAUCAUAUUCCACUAACCCGAGAUGAGGCAUUCUUUUUUCUCUCUCAAAGAAAAAGGGAAGAAGGACCACCGAUCAUAGGUUAAUAUUUCACUGACUUAUAAUAUGAAAGUGUUAGCAACACAACAAUCACAGGGUUUUCAUUAAUUUGGAUUUGAAGGAUGUCCAAGUUCUCCAUUUUGGGGAACGUAGGAUUUUUUUAUGGAGUUUUGUCUUUCCACUAGUGGCAAAGAUUUUACAGAGAUGAGCAGAGAUGCUACUUAUGACAUUAUGGAGAAUAUCAGUAAAAUUAAUUUAUUUGUCUAAAGUUAGAUAGAUGUCAUCAUAUUGGGUGCUAUGUAUAGAGAUAUUGUCUCGGAGGCUGGUUGUCUCACUGUCACUUUCGUCCCCCUUCCCUAGACAAUAAUAUUAGCCCCAGACUACAAGCCCAUUCAGUUAGGCUAGGCUCACGUUUACAUAGCCUGCGAGCAAGCUCUCCAGGGCAUUCUGGCGGCGGGGUGGGAAAAGGAAGGAGAGCUUACAAGUACAUCUCUGGAACUUGAAUUCCACCUCCAAUUCCCUUUUAGCUCCCCAUCGACUGAGCUGUCAGAUUUCCACCAAUCAGAAACAAGCCGACAUGAAAAAGCUAUCCAGUAAAAAGUGAACAUAUCCGCGUAAGUCACUUGCAAAAUAAUGUUGUCAUCACUGUAGUCAUCUUUUUUUCCCAGCUGUCAGAGCACUUAGGAAUCUCAAUGGAGCUUGGCUGUUUUAUGGCUGGAGUUGUGUUGAGUUCCAAUGGAGAGCAUCUUGUUCAUCAGGUAUAUACUUUAUUACUAAAAUCCAACUAGUGGUCUAUUAUCAAUGCUGCGUUGUGAUUGGUUGAGCUACUACUAGGCUAUAUGUGAUAGCCCACUAGUAGGGCAAAGCGCCGGCUUUUUGGCGGCAAAAAAGGGUUAAAGUCUAGCUUUAACUAGCUAAAGUUGUUUUGUCACGAUAUUUUUGACCAACUAGUUGGAUUUUACUAAAACAAUAUUAUUAUACUUCUUGCCCUCAUGGCCUCUGAGUCAAUAGCCCAUUUGGCCUUCAGCCUCAUGGGCUAUUGACUCAUAGCCCAUUCAGGCUCGAUGAAUAAUUGUUAUCCGUACAUACUAUCCCACUUGUUGAUUAUUUUUGCUCUUUCUUGCAUUCAAAAAAGUUUACAAUUGAUUUUGGGCAGAGAAUGUCUAACUUGACACUUAUUUGAAAUUUCUUCCAUAGGUGAAUGAGCUGCUUGAACCACUUCGUGAUUUCUUUGCGUGUUUAUUCUUUGCAUCUAUAGGUAAAUAUUAAUGAUGAUAACUACUAACUAAUUACUAACUAAUUACUGUGCAUUGCGUUGCAUUGCAUUUUACAGUCAAAACUUCCUAAUGAAGACACCAAAGUGACAGAACCAUGUGUCCUCAUACCAUAGUUGUCCAAAUGAGUUUGAGUCUGGGUCGGUAUCGCAUCGAAAUGCACUAUGGGACUGUUUUGGGAAUGCCGCCAGAGCGUCUUUUAUUGGCUGAUAUUGGGUUGCUGAGGAAACUGAGUUAGAAACCUCGUACCUCAAAACAAUCCCGUAGUCUACCUCAACACAACACUGACCCAGUCUCAAGAGCAGCCUUGAAAUGGCCAAUAGUUAUAAAGGAAGAAGUUGUAUGAAGCUUCCCAACUAUUUUACUAUAUUCCGCAAGAGGUUUGACAGACUGCAUCUUUCACGCAGUCGUCGAAAAAAUUCGGGAAUUCAGCAUUGAGAUUCGAAUCCAUAACAUCUGCAUUGCUCCUGUCUACAUCCAAAUUACGACGGAAAAUAGGACUUGCUAGAGGGGAAAGCGAUACCAGUGCAUAGAUCUUACUUACUAAGCCUGCGCGCAGGCUCACGUGUGCGGGUUCGGGAAACAUUUUGGCGGCAGAGCCUCUAUCGCGCGAGGAACUCACACAAGUGAACCUGCUCGUAGGCUAUUACUGAGCCACGGACCAAAGGACCUGGUCAACUGUAGGCUCAUAUGUAGUUGCGCUGUGCUUUAUUUUGGGUCAAAGGUUGUCUCCUCGGUGGAGGUCUCUUUUGUGCCACUGUCAGCUCUAAAUCACGCAGCGAAUGGGAAGAGGGAAAGAAAGCGCGCGGGGAACGAUGGGAAAGGGGAAGCUGUGUCGUUGCGUUCUUUUUUUUUACUGAUCCCUGCGCGGCCUAGUUGGAGCCUCCGCAAAUGAGUUAGUGGUAAAACGGUUUGUGAAUGACUUUUUGUUGAAGAUUAAAUAAAUCUUUUCUGCAGGUCUUCAUGUCUUUCCAACGUUCGUGCUUACAGAAUUUCCUCUUGUAUUGACUCUUACCCUUGGAGUCGUUUCAGUGAAGGUAGGCGAUAAAAGGUGGAAUGCACAAUUUUUUAGUUACGAUCCUUUCCCCGUAUAUAAUGAUGUUAUUUUUAUUAUGCGAGCAAGAAUGAGAUCUUGAGCUUUGUGGCAAAGUUCUUGUUGUCAAUUGUUAGAGUGGACCAGAGUAAACUUCGGAGGAGUCAACUGAAAUUAAAGUUACACAGCAGUACUUUCCUCUCUGUCUUAUCUUCCAUGUUACCUUUUUUAUGCAAUAAGCAAACUCCGUCACUUGAUAAAUAAACCACAGCAGCUCGCUCUUAAAACCUCAACUUUUGAGUCACGUCACAUAAUUUGAUGAAAACCAUUUUUUGAUAGGGAACGUGUGAAACUUAACAGUUAAAGUCGCUCCUCUCUUAACUGGCGCCUCAAUAGGAAAAACACACCUGUAAAAUGGACACCUGCCUCCCUGCCGUUUUUACUUCAUUUUGUUUACUCUCCUUUAGACGGUUACCUCGCCAGAAUAGAUACUGUAAAUCCUCUAUUUAGCCCCCCACCCCCUCUCAAAUAAGCUAUCUGGUAGGGUAUGAACACCUAUCUGAUACAGCUAUUUCGAGAAAGGUUGUCGGAUGAAGUGCACGCGACAACCCCGAAAGGUAUUGUGGGUGGUUUUGAGUUUACUGUUUUUCAAAGAAAUUUGAAAGAAUAGCAGGAGAGGCCAAGGACAUAUGUCUGCGAGUGCUAAAGGAAAGCAACAAAAAUAGGUUCGACAGCUACAGUGUCAGGAACAGUGUAUUGAGCAUAUCCCAUAUUUCGACAGCCUUUCUCGAAAUCGCUGUAUGUGACUCUCCACUUUAGAGAUCGGUGCGGCACAGCUUCGCUCUGUCACCGACAGAAAUCGCACCUAGAUCAUCGUGAUAGACUGUAUUAAUUAACGUGUUUGAGCUUUUUCACUUUGUGUUGUAGUUCCUUAUGGAGAGUUUAUAACAUCUUCUGGUUGUUUGAAAAAGCAGUAUAGCGCUCCGUUUUGUCAAAUUAGAUAAGUCCCCAUCUAAAAUAAGCCCCCCUCUAUUUCAAGCGCCCCCCUCGAACGUGCUUGAAAUAAAUAAAUACCGCCCCCUCCCUAGGGCUUAAUAGAGGAUUAUGGUACCUAGAGUUGCUCCCUGCCUUUCCUUACUCCUUUUCGUUGCUGCGCUUUGCCAAAACACGCGAACUCUGAAGUUCCAAAGCCGCCUUUACAACUGUGUUUUUCGCUGCCGUCAAUCAUAAUUACGAUUACAAGCAACGAACCUUAAAACACAGAAACACACAAAACGGCUCGCAAUCCACCAAUCGCAAAUCACAAACCAUGACCUUUUGAACCCGUUAAAGUAAACUUCUUUCUCAUAAGAGGUCCUUUAAGGUGAUUGAUGGCAGGGAAACGCGUACACGUCAGUUGGCUUUUGAACUUCAGAAUUCACGUGUUUUUGAAAAGCGCAGUAACUCUCCACUAGAGGGACAUCUGUUAGUAUCCGUGAUGCACAUAUUGCUGGACAUGAUGCACAUGAUGUAGGAGACUUGACAAAUACCUUUCUUAAUCUCUUUUCAUCUCGCUUUCUUUUCAGUUCAUUGUCUCUGUGUUAGUCCUUCGGUUAUUCUUGUGUGAAACAAGAAACACGAAGUAUAUAGUGGCCGCAGGUUUGGCUCAAGUUAGUGAAUUCUCAUUUGUCCUGGGAAGCAGAGCACGAAGGUUUCAUCUUAUUUCCAGAGAGGUAUGUUUUCCUUAAGAUUCAAGAAAUUACCUUGUCGAAGUGCCGGAACUUAGCUGUUAACUUUAACUAUAAAUGAAGUCGAAGAAGAAAGAGGCCUGUCUUACUCUACUGAAGCAAGAUUGCCUUUUGUUUGCCAUCUGUGUAUAGUCGUCUAAUAUGACUGACACGCCUUUUGUCGCUGACAGGCACGUGACCUGCUUGAUGCAGAAAUCAUGGGGUACAAAUUAAACAAUACCAGAGAUGGAGAGAGCAUAAGAAAUUUAGCUAAAAAGCUAAUUUCGAUGUGACUGGAUGUUGGAAUGCCUACAAAAUUUUGAAAGUUUAUUAAUGUAUGGAGACUCUGCAGGACUGCAAACCAUGCAAUGCAGCCCAGCAACUUUUUCCUUUGAUACAUAUAAUAUUUUCCCAUUAUUCAAAGCACCAUAAAAUCACACUAUCAAGAGUUUAAAAACCACUAACUGUGUUACGUUCUUUCAAUCUCUGUUAUUUUUAAGGUUGUAUCCCACAAUUUUCCGGGAUUCAAGCCUCACCCGUCGCGUUGUUUCCUUAGACAAGGAACUUAACUCCACUUUGUCUCUCUUCACCCAGGUGUUAGCCUGCGAGCAAGCUCUUCAUUUGGGGGAUAUCGUGGAAAGUAGACGCGCGAGAGGAGACGCGAAAGCGGGGGCCGCUCGCUCGCGCGUUCUCGCGUGGCUCACUUCUCUCGCCCAAAUAGGAGAGCUUGCUCACAGGGUACCCGGGAGUAUAAAUGGCUACUGAUGUCAUAUUGCUGGGGAGCAACCCUGUGAUGGAUUGGCAUCCCGUCCAGGAGGAGUAGCAAAUACUCCCAGGCAUGCUUCAUGCUAAGGAUUUCGGGAUAACCUCCGGGCAUGUGGGUCUUUGGCUCGUGUGCACCUUGACCUUUUACCUACCUAUCCCAUAAUUUUGGCAUAAGAUAGGUCACGUGACCCUGAGCUGUAUGGGGCCUGUUGACUUAAGGCUAAAGAAAAUGAUUCAUUUUUCGCCUUAGCGAGGGGACGAAAAUAACUGUGAAUUCGUUCAUUGAGUGGUUGAUAUAUGUUUUUUUUUUCCAGGUUUAUCUUAUUAUCCUUAGCGUUACUACCAUCAGUCUUCUACUCGCUCCGUUACUUUGGCGAAUUUCUUUGUGGAGAUUUGGAGGCCGAAAAAUUUGGAGAUCAGCUAAUUCAGAAAGGACGAGCAAAAGAACUGCGAGGACUGUAUAGCUUGGACUCCACGAGUCAUGAAUGACUAUUUUAAAAUGCAUUUCUCUUCCCAGUAGUUCACAGGCACUAAGCGCACAGCCGGCAAAUGUUACGUUUACGCGUGCCUUUUCGCACAUCGCACCUACUUUUUUUACGCGCGUAAAAUUUACGUCCGUACGCACGUAAAAAUUAACCGACGGUGGAAAAUCCACCCUAAGCUAGAUGGCGAGUGUUGUAUGAUAAUACAAUUAUUAGGAGCCGUGCCUCUCCCCUCUGCACAGGCCUCUUUGUGCGAGAGAGAGCUGGGCCGAAGAAGAAAAGAGCGGGGAACGAUGGAAGGGGAAAAGAGAAGGAGGGAGCCAUCGCGUUUUCCCGCGCGCUCUUUUUCCUUCUUAUUUUGUUUGUGACUGGAGUUAGCCUUUUCGGAUAAGAGGGAGGAGUCUUCUGAUGAGUAUUACAGUUCAUUCAUUACAAAUUAAAAGGUAUAUAAGGGUCGGUUAUUAAAACGAAGUUUAUCUUAGUCCCGCGGUUUAGCAAAUCGUUCAACCUCAAGAUACACCUAAUUGCAAUAACGUUGUCUGAGACAAAUGAAAAAAGGAAAAAGCCGAAUAGGAAUUAAAUAGGCUAAUUAAGCCAUAUUCUCAUGGUGGAUUCAUUUGCAGUCGUUGCAUUUCCCCGCUGGAAUUUUUAAUUUUAUUGUCUUUCAGCUUUAAAACAAUAGCAAAUUCCAACAGCCAAAUACGACGUCCAUUUGCGGACGCUGGCAAUGAAUUCAUUAGGCUUAUCACCCUGAUUAAUUCCUAUUUGCCUUUUCCCUUUUUUUCAUUUUCCUGUGACAACGUUUUUGUAAUUGGGUGUAUCUUCCUUAGUGGGUUGUUUUAAAAAGACAAAUGCUUUCCUUGUCUACGCCAUAUGCGUUUAUGACACUGUUCACAAAAGCGUAAAAACGUUGGGCAAACUGAAAAUGACUUAGAACGGGGUUUUGUUAAACUCCGUUGAAGUGACUGGCCCUAAAUGUUUGUUUAUAGUUUAUAGGUACUCAACUUAAAUAAUUAGGAACACAUUAUCCAAACAGAACGUAACUUACUUGCGAUCAGGAGCGCCUGGUCGCUGGUUAGAACAUAACAAGAUUAAAAACCCCAACUGGCAGGAGGCAUCCAGUUGGCUGUUUACAUUAGUGGCCGAGGAUUUAAACUCAGGACACCCGAGUACAAAUCCAGCAAGUAGCCAGAGCGGGACUCGAACCCGGGACCACCGGAUUGCAAGUCUGACUUACCGAGCACUUGGCCACGCUGCCUCCACAUUAUAAACUAAUUCGUCCUCCAGCCUUUUGUUUUUCCUUUUUUUUUUUCUUUUCUUCUCAAUUCCUUUUUUUGAAGGAAUUCAACGACAGCGAGGGCAAAGCAUUCGCGCGAGGGCGAGGGCGAACACGGAGCCACCCUCACGCCCUCAGCACCUUCUUUCGCAAGCAGUGAAUUUCCCGCGGUUUUAAUUUUCGUACGUGCACUCGACUAUCUCUAAUUGACUAAAGAGAAAAGUGCAUGUCUGUGAACAGACUUGUUUUAAAAAGUUAUUUUAUUUAACCUUCUUUGGAUAGAGAUAAAAUUUGUUUUGCGGAGAGCGUCAUUCCGCUAUUUAAUUUGCUUCGGAAAACGAAACAAAAAGGACCCUGC